AUGUCCAGCUUCCCUGUCUCACCAUCUUGGACUCCUUUUUUUCGUCCAAAGAUGAACUCUUUCACUGAAAGUUCUGCUGAUUGUAUUGCAUUUUUAAUCUGUCAUUGCAAAAGCAAAAAAAAAGGUACUAAAAUGGUCUUACAAUGCAAGCAUGCUAUAACCAAGUCAUAUGAGAAAAAAGUUCACUUACCAAUUGGAAAAUAUAAUCCAAGCAAAGAUAAAUAUCAAUGCACAUUAAAAUCAAAAAUCUAUAUAGUUUGUCAGAAAAGCUCCACAAAUUGUUAUAAGCUAGUCUAUUAUUGUUCAUGA